AUGAGAGGCCGUGGAACAGAAACUGUCCAGUCAGGCGUGCAGCGGGAGAGAACAAGACGCUUCCGUAAUGUUGCGGAUCCUUUUAGCUUCUCUGCGCCCAGAGCUCCAGUCCUUCUCUUCACUGCUCUGCGUCCUCUGCUCCUAGAGGCCAAGCCUCUGUGGCCUUGUGUCCUGCAAGUAUUCGCAGAUAUAUGGCUAAAAGACCGGGACCCCCUGGAAGCCGAGAAAUGUGGCUUUGCCCUGGACUGGAGCCCUCUCUGGGCAGCUCUACAUUACCAGUGCCUCAUCUCACCCAGACUGUGCAGGGAUGGGAAAGUCAUCAAGGGAGAAUCCAGACUCAGGGGACUGUUGACAUUCAGAGAUGUGGCUAUAGAGUUCUCUCUGGUGGAAUGGCAAUGCCUGGAUCGUGCUCAGCAGAAUUUAUAUAGAGAUGUGAUGUUAGAGAACUACAGAAACCUGGUCUCCCUGGGUAUUGCUGUCUCUAAGCCAGACUUGAUCACCCGUCUGGAGCAAAAUAAAGAGCCCCAGAAUAUAAAGAGAAAUGAGAUGUUAGCCAAACACCCAGUUACAUGUUCUCAUUUCACCCAAGACCUUCAGCCAGAGCAGGGCAUAAAAGAUUCACUCCAAAAAGUGAUACUGAGAAGAUAUGGAAAAUGUGGACAUGAGAAUUUACAAGUAAAAAAAUGCUGUAAAAGUGUGGGUGAGUGUGAGGUGCACAAAGGAGGUUAUAAUGAUGUUAACCAAUGUUUGUCAACUACCCAAAACAAAAUAUUUCAGACUCAUAAAUGUGUCAAAGUCUUUGGUAAAUUUUCAAAUUCCAAUAGACACAAGACAAGACAUACUGGAAAGAAACAUUUCAAAUGUAAAAACAAUGGCAAAUCAUUUUGCAUGCUUUCACACCUAAAUCAACAUCAGAUAAUUCAUAUUAGGGAGAAGUCUUACAAAUGUGAAGAAUGUGGCAAAUCCUUUAACUGCUCUUCAACCCUUACUAGACAUAAAAGAAUUCAUACUGGAGAGAAACCCUACAGAUGUGAGGAAUGCGGCAAAGCUUUUAGCUGGUCUGCAUCCCUUACUAAACAUAAGAGAAUUCAUACUGGAGAGAAACCUUACACAUGUGAAGAACGUGGCAAAGCCUUUAGCCGCUCAACACUUACUAACCACAAGAGAAUUCAUACUGGAGAGAAACCGUACACAUGUGAAGAAUGUGGCAAAGCCUUUAGCCGCUCCUCAACACUUACUAACCACAAGAGAAUUCAUACUGGAGAGAAACCCUACACAUGUGAAGAAUGUGGCAAAGCCUUUAGCUUAUCCUCAACCCUUAAGAAACAUAAGAUAAUUCAUACUGGGGAGAAACUCUACACAUGUGAAGAAUGUGGGAAAGCCUUUACCUUCUCCUCAACUCUAAAUACUCAUAAGAGGAUUCAUACUGGAGAGAAACCCUACAAAUGUGAAGAAUGUGACCAAGCUUUUAAGUGGCAUUCAAGUCUUGCUAAUCAUAAGAAUAUGCAUACUGGAGAGAAACCCUACAAAUGUGAAUAA